AUGACAACUCAAAGGAAAAUGUCGAAAGACAGUCAACAAUCUGUUCACAAAGAAAAGGACAUAUCACCCGCACAGUUGGCUAUAUUUAGAUUUGUCGGCAUAUUUGUCUUUAGUAUUCCGGUAGUUGUCAAAAAUGGUAGCAAUGUUUUCGGACCCAAAGGAGUCCGACAUAUAUUGGUCUUAAGGAGCAUAUCGGGCGCCACUUCACUAUUCUUCACAUUCUAUGCCUUCAGACUCCUAUCCCUCACCGACGCCUCUAUCAUAACAUUCUCUAUACCAGAAUCGUGCGGAAUAUUUGAU